UUAACAUUAUUCUUACUGCUAAUCCAUCCAUCUCAUCCAUGGCAUCGUCUUACGCAGCUGUCCUUUCCCUUCUCCAACUUCUUCAGGACAUCCAGCGUCCCUCUGGCGGUUGGAAUAAUUGUCUAGACGAGCUGCAGAUUCAGUUGCUUCGCGAUCGCCUCUCUUACUUUAUGGCUUUUCUCGAAGACUUUCACGGCAAAUCAGAAGCUGCAGACGCAUUGGCGACACAAAUCAUGGACGCCUCUCGUGCUGCUCAGGGUAUCAUCAAAUACUUUGUGUCGGUCCAGGUUCUUCGCCCAUACAUUAAUUUAGGGGAAUUAGAUCUGCCGUCCUACGCCAGAGACAUUCAAGCAAUUAUACAAAAAAUGGAUGUGCUGCGAGAAAGGGCGUUGGAAGUAAGAGAUGAAAUUGUCGCUGUGGAUCACAAAUCCUUCAAUCCUCCUACUGUUGCUGCUGCUCAUUCAAGACAAGCAGCUCCAACUGCGAAGAAUCCUAUGGUGGGGCUGGACGAUGCUUUGGUUCAAAUCAGGGACAAACUCACUGGCAGCGGAUCCAAACUGGAAACCAUCCCAAUUGUGGGGAUGGGUGGGAUUGGUAAGACUACUCUGGCUCUUAAUGUUUAUAAUAAUGAUUGGGUUGUUGAGCACUUUGACAUUCGCGUUUGGAUUACCAUCUCUCAAACAUACACUCUGCGGGAAAUUCUCUUAGAGCUUUCAGAAAGUGGGAUAGGAGAAAUAAGUGAGGAAGAGAUAGGAGAAUUGGUAUACAAGAGAUUGUUUGGGAGGAGGUACUUGAUCGUAUUGGAUGAUGUGUGGAAUAUUGAGGCAUGGAAUGUGUUAAGAAGGUUCCUUCCCGACAAUGGCAAUGGAAGUCGGGUUUUGUUGACCACGAGGAUGGUUGGUAUUGCAGAUGAUUUUGGCUCGGACAUUCCCUAUGCAAUGAAAUUGUUAGAGGAAGACAAGAGUUGGGACAUGCUCCGUGAUAUGGUAUUCUCGGAAGAAGUUUGCCCCAUUGAAUUGGAGGAGAUAGGAAAGAAAAUUGCCACAAGUUGUGGAGGUCUUCCGUUGGCAAUAGCUGUAAUUGGUGGAGUUUUGAGAAGGUCAGAAAACACAUUGGAGAGCUGGGAGCAAGUUGCUGAGAAUCUAAAUGCAAUUGUAACUUGGGAAAAUGAGGAACAUUGCUUUAAGAUAUUGCGUAUGAGUUACACUUGCUUGCCGCUUCAUUUGAAGCCUUGCUUCCUUUACAUGUCACGUUUUCGAGAGGAUGAGAGUAUCGAUGUCUCUCAACUCAUCAGGUUUUGGGUUGCGGAGGGAUUUCUAAAACCGAUAAACGGUAAUAUUUUGGAAGACGUUGCACGUGAGUACUUGGACCACCUUAUUGAUAGAAACCUUAUCAUAGUUCGCAAGAGAGGGGUUUCAGGUAAAGCAAAGUAUUGUGGUGUCCAUGAUCUGGUACGAGACUUGUCGCUGAAGGAAGCCCGCAAGGAGAACUUUACCGUUGUUGAAAAGUUGUCAAGUACCUUUUUGGAAUUGUGGGGGUUACAUAGUGAGAAUGGUAGACUCUUAUGGGAAUUGUCGUCCUCGCAAGCUCCGUACGUGUUAAACAACAAUUUGGUGGAGUCAAUUGUGCAUCUUGUGCAAUUCAGGCUUGAUUCACUUGAUCUUUAUGGGAUGGUUUCCAUUAAAGACAUUUCUUUCCCACGUUCUCUGAGAAAGUUGAGAAUACAUCGUACUAAUAUUUGGUGGAGUGAGAUGGAGGCCAUUGGUUCAUUACCCAAUUUGGAAAUUCUUGUAAUUAAAAAUGGUGGUGUUAAAGGGCUUGAGUGGAAUGUAACUGAAGGGGAAUUUGUUCAACUGAAAAAAUUGCGUGUUGGUUAUGUUGAUUUGAAGUAUUGGAAAACAGAGGAAGGUAGCUUUCCAAACCUUGAGGAACUCAAGCUUGGGAGUUUCUUCGGUGUUUUCAAAUUAGAAGAAUUGCCUGACCCUCUCGACUUUGCUGACAUUCCCAAGCUUAGAUUGAUCAAAGUUAGUAGAUGUGGUGAGUCGAUUAAAAGUUGGGCAAAUCAGAUUAAAGAAGAACGUGAGGGAUUAGGAUACGGAUCCAUUCAAAUAGAAUGAUUUGAUAGAUAGUAGUGUGGUUGCCAAUUGUAAGAUAUUAUUAUGAUGUUGUUGUGAUGUGUAAGAAGAGUUGGCAGGUUUGUUAAUUUGAUAUUGGAAUGAUUAUUUUACUUUUUCA